AUGCCACUCAAGCCGCCCGACGUCGCUCGCGACAACCGAAGCGCCCGAGAGGAGGAGCAGGCGGGUUUGGCGGCUGCUGGCGUCGCAGUCGCGCCUCGAAAGGCUUGGACGGGGAAGAAGAACAGGUCUCAGGGUGUCGCUCCUGCCCAACCAUCUCCCGUCAUCAACCCGACUCCCACCCCAGCUCUGACCUCUCGCCAGCUGCUGCUACAGCAAGCCGACGCGCACCCAACACUCCGCAAGAUCAACGAGCUCAUCGCCGAGAAUGCGCAGGCCGGUACGGGCGCGACAGCGGGAGAUUUGCAAGGCAAGACUCUCACCACUCGUACGCGCAAGGGCGUCCCCAUCAACCCCGACUGGAUUCCGGCCCGCAAUGCCCCCGUCCUUCAGAAGCGUCGCACGGCGCUUCAAGUCUUCGCGCUCCUCGACAUUGCCCAAUCGUCGGCUGAGGACUCUGUCAAGCCGGAGGCGAUGCAGCUUGCGCAGCGACAGGCCAAGGGUUUGCUUGACAUUCACGAGGCCGGACGGCAGUGCCGCUGGGGCAAUGCAGCGGAGGUCGCGGCGAUUGCUGCCGUCGCGUACAGCGGCGACUGCAUCGAAGACCUCGCCAACCGCACCCUCUCUUGCCUCGAGCACCUCAACUCGGUCGACCAAGAACGCUCAAGCGGCCAGUAUCGCAAGUCUCCGCUUAAGCGAGCGCUCCAGUGGGUGUCUGAGGCCUCGGGAGACCCUUCUCGCGGCCGCAUCAAAUUGACGCUCGCCGAGACGCUCAAGACGCUCGACUUCAGCUGGCUCACCGAGAUCGACGUCAACCGGGAUGUCAUCCAUCUCGUCUUCGGCAAGCACACCGAGUACACAACCACUCCGCAUCUUCACCGCCUCUCGCUCAUUUCCAAGGGCGACCUCAAGCCUCUCCUCUACACCCAGCAUCGGGAGCUGCGCAAGAUCUACCUCGGCAAGGACGACCGCGCCAUCGUAGCGUUGGACUUCGAGGCGAUCUUGGUCGGCUGGACCGGCACGGUCGAAGGAGAGCAGCAGCCCGCCGCCGCGUUCGUUAGUAUCAUGUGCGCGGGACCGCUUCCUGACAAGUCGGUCGUCGUCGUCAAAGGCGAGGGCGACUGCAACAUCCAGACACGCCGCUUCACUUCGUUCCGCGUCAACAAGGAUGGCAAGAUCCUCAAGACAUCGACAGGAGGCGUCAAGGUCCUUGUCGAGGCGAUCUACGAGGCGGGCGACUAUGGCAACAACAUCAUCUGUGCUUACUCCCGCGCCCUCCCCGACCUCCGCAUCAUCAUCACCGCAAUCCACACGGUUGGCGAUCUCGACAUGGCGCGCCUCAACUGCGCACCGAGCGAGCUGUUGAAGGGAUGCCAUGGUCUUGUUGACCUCCCUAUCAAGGUCGGCACGAGGCGCUUCAACCUGCGCCUAAUCGACAUCGGAGGCUUCCUCAUCAACCUCAACCGCCAAUUCUUCAAGCUCCCGACGGCAUCGCUUGCAUCCCUCGCGGCAUCCUGGUACACAACCCCGUCCGGCAUCACGCUGCACGACCCUCGCUUCCCUCAGCCCGCCACCCCCUCCACGAAGCUCAUGACGGUCAUCAAGUCCAGCCUCGAUGCCGGAUCACUCCUCGCCCAGCUGCUCAAGUGCAUCACCGACAUUUAUCAGACCGAUAUGAUCGUCAAGUCGAUCGUCCCGCUCGUCCAGCUCAUCUUGAGCGACGAACUCGAGGGGAAGUCGGGACUCGACCUUAUCAGGCGCGAGCCGGACGAGCGCAGCUUGAGGGAGUACUUCGCCGCAGUCUCCGCCGAGAGCGAGACAAUCAAACGCUCGUCGCAGGCUGUGUCAACGUCGACUGGCACCAGCAUCCCUGGCAAUCUCGGGCCGAUCGACCUGACGCAGGACUCGGACCAAGACGACGAGGGUUUCAGCGGUGGACGCGAUGGCGCAGGCUCGUCGCGCGGCGGACUCGACAUUCAGACGGUGCCGAAGGGGACGGCGAAGGCUGCGACUGAGGCGGACGGGAGCGUUGUCACGGCCCAGCAGGAGGAGCGCUGGAAGAAGCUGAUCUCGCUCGUCUGGCCGGCCGCGGGAGUCAAGCGCAAGCGUGACGAGGCCGACGAGGCCGGGGGCGAAGAUGGGGAUGCGUAG